AUGACCAACAAUAUUGACUUUGUGUCAGCUAUCCAUUGUGGCCAUUCAGAAGCAAAGUUAACUAGAUCAAAUUCUGAUGCACCUUUCAAAUCGAUACGCAGAGUCCGUUUUCCUGAAGAUGACAAACUUAUAUCAGACUAUUUAGAACCGUUCCGAUUAAUUCCAGAUAAUUGUUCAAGUGAAGAACUUCAGGCUGCGUACUUUUCUUCUUGUUUUGAGCAUAGAAUAACUCCCAUUAAUUUUUUAUUGGAACAAAUAAAGGGAAUCGAUUUAUCGAUUUGUAAUGAACGUUACAGUCGUUUAAGCCUAAGAGGUAUUCGAUUGAAUCGAUUUCAUAUUGAAUCAAUGGAGGCAAUAUUUCAGCGUGCACAUUUUAGAGUAAUUGAUCUAGAAAAUACAUUUUUAGACGAACAGUCUGCUUCGUCACUGUUUGAUAUGUUGCUGCAUUAUGAAAGUUGUACAGAUCUGAGUAUAAGUUUAAAUCUAAACAAAACUCUUCCUAGUCAAGCUUGGAGUCGUUGUGUUAAUUUCAUGCGAAAAUCAUCUGCUCUACGUCGAUUCACAUUGAGUCAUACGCCAUUACGUCUAGAAAAUUUUCAUGGUCUAAAUUUCUAUGGUUUAUGCUUGGAACGUUUAAAUUUUAUUGAUUGUAAUUUAACUGGUCAAGCAUUAUAUGGACUUAUGCAAUGGUUGUAUAUCCUUUUGAGUUCAACAAGUUUAUAUCCACCAACACGAGACAGAUCAUAUAAUUCAAGUAGAGGACAUAAAUUUCGUGGUUGGAGACAUCGUAGACACACUUAUACUACUUCAGCAUUAUUAUUAUCAAAUACAAGUACCACCAACGCCACUAAUAAUAAUACUAAACCUUCUAUUUGGGAAUUAAGACUGGGUUUAAUGAAUAACAAAUUGACUUCUUCAGAUGUUGAAGCAAUACUACCACUAAUUCGUCAUCAAUUAUUCAUCCCAAAUAUUUCGGGGUCUGAAACUGUCAAAUUUGAAGGUCAUAAGAACAGCAAUAACAGUAAUAGUAAUAAUGAUACUAAUGAAAGCAGUUCAUCAGAUGCCCUUGUAAACAAUAGUUCACAUAUAAAAUCUACACAACUAAAAAAAUCCAACUCAUUGUCGUCAUCAUUGUGUGAUUUUCUUCCAAUUGGAGGGAUUGGUUAUUUAUUGGAGUUAAAUUUGUCUCAUAAUAAUAUUGGUGAUGAUGGUUUAGGUAUAUUGUGUACUGGACUGCUUCAAUCUUAUCGAAAUCGUUUACGUGAACGUUUCUCUACGUUGGAUGAUCAAGAAGUUCUUAAACUAACCGCUAUGUCAUCACCACCAUCAACAGAAAAAAAAUCCGAUUCAAAUUCUAAUCCCUGUUGUACACCAUCAAUAUCAAUGAAAAUUUGCAGCUUAGAACGUCUUUAUCUUGUAGACAAUAAUUUAGGCAUAGAUGGUAUGCAAUCAUUGGCUAUUGUAUUAAUGCAAACACCAAAAUCAUUGAUUUCUUUGGUUGGCGGUCUAAUUAUUUUAGAUUUAAGUAAUAAUGUAAAUAUUGGCGAUAAAGGUGUUGAAGUAUUAUGUGAAGGUUUAAUUAGAAAUUAUAGUUUAAAAGAAUUAUAUCUCCGCUCCAUUAAUAUGUCUUUUUCGGGAAUUUUCGCUUUAUCCAGUUUUCUCAGUGAAUCAAAGUGUCUAAAGUAUUUGGAUAUACGCAACAAUAAUUUAGAUAUAGCCUCUAUAAUGGCCUUAUCAAAAACUUUAUUCAUUAAUAGAACAUUAACAAGUCUGGUUUCAGACGCACAUCGUUGGGCGAACUCUCAGCUGGAUCUAUCCGAUAAGGAUAAAGAUUUAAUUAAAUCUCUCAUUGAAAGCAUCGAUUCAAAUCUUAGAAGAAAUCGUUUAGAAACAGAGGUAGUUGAUAAUAUUAAUAAUAAUGUCUCAAAUAAUAAUUGUGAUACAAUCACACCAACUGUUGUUGUCAACGAAGAGGAUUCGCUUGGACAAUCUGAAUUAAUGAAUAUCAGCUCAGUGAUACAGUGUAAUGAUAAUUCAUUAACUAAUUGUAGUAUAAUGAAUGGUGAGAUGUCAUUGGACAUAACAAAUUGUACAUCGGAUACAUCGGUGAUGCGAAGUUAUGAAUGUAAUAAUAUUAAUGAUGAUUGUGGUCCUGAUAAUAAUAGUAAUACUGAUCUCCAGUUAGAUAAUUUGUUAAAGACAACAACUAAACAACUCGAUAUUGAUAGUAACGUCGAGGUUUUGGGUAAUUUUAACUGUACAACAAUCUCUACUAAUCCUGUUCAUGAGGUAUCCACCGCAUAUCUAUCGGAUAAUGAAUCAUUUAAUAAAGACGAUAAAUUUAUCAAUAGUAAUACUAAUGAGAAUUAUGCAAUAAUGGAAAAACGAAGUAAAGAAGAAGAGAAAACAACAAUAAUGGUAGUAGAACAACAACAACAACCUUUACUUCAACAUAUAUCCGAUUCAUUUAUGUCUAUCGAAAGUCUCUCUUCUUGUUCAUCUAAUUUAUUUCAAAAUGUAAAUAUACCAUCUAUCAAGGAUGAUAAGUCAUUGAAUUAUGAUACCGAAUCAGAUCCAAUUCAGUCAUCUUAUGAUUUUGUUAUUCAAUAUUUUUCCGUUAAUCUUUACUUGAAAAACAAAAUUAAUAACUGUGAUUUUCUUUCUCUGCUGUUCGGAAUACGUCCAAUUCUCGAAUUAUAUACAUAUGCUGAUUUGACUCCAAUGUUUGGUUCGACGUACAAUAUCCACGAUCUUAAACCGUACAUAAUAACCUCUGAAUUUCAAUAUUUACUUUUAUUUUUUUCAAAAAUGAUAUUUGUC